GUUUCAGUUCUUUUUCCUGCUACCCUCUGCUUUUGAAAACCUCAUUGGGAGGGCUAACUAAUAUUUUAAAUUGCUGUGAGUAUUCAAUUGGGAAACCUAAUCCAAACACUACCAUGGAUUUUUGAGGAAGAGAAUGGACAGUUCUGGGGACCAUUCUUGGUGAAUUUAUUCUCAGAUCUUUUUCAUGCUGCAACUACAUGCUCAGCCUGGAAGUAAAGUGACUUUAGACACAGUUCCAGCCUUUCCCAUCAUCCUGUAUCACAUACCUCAGUGAGAAAAGAAAGGUAAGAAGGAGAAAGAAACCUUUACCUCCCUCUGUCACACUGGCUCAGCCGUUUCAAGAAAUCAGCAUUUGAGACUGAGCAGACUACUUAGUGAUGAAAAGCAUGGGCUCUGACUAUACACGGUCUGGGACUGAAUCCUGGCCCUGCCUAUUCUUCUGUGACCUCAGAUGACAACAGCAACACGACAAGAAGUUCUUGGCCUCUACCGCAGCAUUUUCAGGGUCGCGAGGAAAUGGCAGGCGGCAUCAGGGCAGAUGGAAGACACCAUUAAGGAGAAAGAGUACAUACUAAAUGAAGCCAGAACACUGUUCCAGAAAAACAAAAAUCUCACAGACACAGACCUGAUUAAGCAAUGUAUCGAUGAAUGUACAGCCAGGAUUGAAAUUGGACUUCAUUACCGGAUUCCUUACCCAAGGCCGAUUCAUCUGCCUCCAAUGGGCCUCACCUCACUACGAGGCCGGGGACUUCGAAGCCAGGAGAAACUGAGAAAACUCUCCAAACCAGUAUAUCUCAAGUCUUAUGAUGAAGUUUCCUAAUUCAGAAGGAAGCUUAUUUCUGAGAACGAUGAGCCAUCUUGAUCUUGAAUGUAAACCAGAUGACAAAACCCAUCUUCUUAAUCAGGAGCAAAAAUUCAAGGAUCUUCUUAGGAACCUGUAAGACUGUGUGCUUAUACAUGCAGAGUGUGUCAGAAUCUUGCUGCCUGAGUGGAUGACAUUAACCUGGAGGCCAGGGGUUUCCUCUCACUGAAAUCAGUGUUGGAAAUACGACUAAGGCCUGUGGGAGGAAGGAUGAAGGUGAUGAAGCUUCUCAUGGGAACGCCGUUCACCACAUGGACCAGCUGAUGCAAACUGCUGAAAGUUCUCAUGGCUGCUGCAAAACUGUGUCACCCUUGGAAUGAUUUUAGACAUUUUGUUUUCCAAAUUAAAGACUGGCUUUU